GAAAAAGGGCCUCUCAGACAAACCAACCUAGUUAAAUACAGAAUCGAAACUGGGAAUGCCCUUCCAAUUAAGCAGUAUCCAUAUCAUCAUUCCCAUGCUAAAAAAGUAUUAUCAAGGAAGAGAUCACUCAUAUGA